CGUUUCCACAAAGGCAUCUCUCUACGCAAUAAUCAUCGCUUUUUCUCGUUUUCGCAUGAAAAAAAAUAUACAAAACCGGAAAAAAAAAGCAAGCAACACAAAUCCAACACCUCAACCCGAUUACAUACUUGUUUCUAUUAUCUCUAAAAGAAAUUCCCAAUUGCAACACGUGGAUCCCUCCUACAAUACAAAAGGAAUCUCGUUUUCCGGUAACAGAUCAUCUGAUCCUCUUCUUAUCCCAGCGAAAUUGCCUGUUUGUUGAAUACAAUCGUGUGUCCUAGCUCCGUCCUGCUCACUGCGAAUAGUUUCGUUUCUUCUCAACGUUUCGGUUCAUCUAUUGUGAAUUUGCUUGUUUUGAGGUGUAAGGAGUUGUAUCUUUUUAGAGAUCGGAUUGGCUUCGGAAAAUUCUAGAAGGAUAGUUGAUUAGGUUUUUGAGGGUUUCAAUUGGUAGUAGUUUUAGAAAAGUGGAGGUGAAGUGUGAAUGGGGAUUCAGACAAUGAAUUCUCAUGUGAGUGGUGGGGGGCAGCAAUCUCAUGUACCGCAUCAUCCACUGCAACGUUGCAACUCGUGGUUAGGCCUAACGCUAGACGAAGUCGAGAGGCACUUGCUAGGUAAUUUGGCAAAGCCAUUAGGAAGCAUGAACCUUGAUGAGUUGCUCAAGAAAGUGUGGACCACUGAUACUAGCCGCUCCUAUGGGAUGGAGAGCAUCGAAACAUCCCCUGCAGCGUCACUGCAGCGCCAAGCGAGUUGGUCGCUUGCUAGGGCUUUCACAGGGAAGACGGUGAAUGAGGUGUGGAGGGAUAUCCAGCGAGGGUAUAAGAUGAGCAAUGUGGAGGGCUUCGGUAGCCAGGAAAGAACCCCGACCCUUGGUGAGAUGACUUUGGAGGAUUUUUUGGUGAAAGCAGGGAUGUACGUGUCCAAUGCUUCCACCGUUUCUAUUGAACCCAUGAUGUCCUUGGAUAGCGCACUCAAGUCCCACAAAUUCUCAUCUCAAAUGAGGUCAUUGUCUCCUUCGCCUUCAAUCGAUGAUUUGUCAGAUACUCCAUUGCCUGGCCGGAAGAGGAUGUCUGGGGAUCUUGAGAAGACCAUCGAGAGGAGGCUAAGGCGAAAAAUUAAGAACAGAGAGUCUGCUGCACGUUCACGUGCAAGGAAACAGGCCUACCACAAUGAGUUGGUGACCAAGGUCUCACGACUUGAAGAGGAAAAUUCGAAGCUUAAGAAGGAAAAGGAAUUCGAACAGAUAACCACAUGUGAGGCCUGCACACUAAGGUUUCAGCUGCGAAGAACUUCUUCGUUCUAAUACUCUAUGCGAACAAAGUUUUUGAGUGGAGCCUAUACAAUUUAGGGUAGAAUUGGCCUGCAUUUCAUCCCUACUUUGCUACUGUAGUAUGUACAAAUGUUACCCCCCUUCUUGUAGGAGAUGAAGACCUAGAUGCUUGUUAUUAGAAAAAAAAUGAU